UAAAAUUCAAUAAUACUUUAUCAACUCUGAAUAUACCGCAGUCUUAAAUUCUCAUUAGAGAGCUUUACAAUUAAUUAUGAUCUCGAGAAAUUAACCUUUAUAAUUAAUUACGCAAAGAAUGUACCCGGAUUUUUAGAUUUAAAAAAAAAAAAAAACACCCACUAGUACUACUACUUACUCCUACCUGAAAUCCUAAAGAUACCAACACACAAACCACACAUACUUCACUAACAACUAAACUAACACUUUUUUCACAUGGAUGAUCACAGAAACACGACCCCUAACGCUAUUGGACUUUGUCUCCUCCCACAAGAACUGAUCCAGAACAUCUUCCUUUCACUCGUUUUACCCGAGAUCGUUCGCUUGAAACUCCUCAACAAAUCCUUCUCAACCUUAAUCUCUGAUCACAGUUUCGUUCGUCAGUGCAACUCACUUUCAAACUCCACCACAUGGCUCUUUGUCUACAAGAAACGCUGGCUCCGCGAUGCUGUGCUUCACGCUUUCACCGAUCGGAGCUCCGAUCGUUGGUUCCGGAUCCCCAUAGCAGAACUUCUCAAACCUGUAGACUUUCACGGUGAGGAUCUUUACUUUCUUGCUGCUUCCGCUAACGUUUUUCUCUUUGCUUCCAACAACGUUCGCGAGGUUGUCGCCGUUAAUUUAGUCUCCGUCACCGUUAAGAAGAUCCCUCCUUCUCCGUUGGGUCCACGUGGCACUUCCUCGUGGAGGAGAUCCGGGAUGAAGCUUGUAACCGAUUCUUCCGGGUCGGGUCAUUUUCGGUUCAUGUUUGCGGAGUUUGUCGGGAACCGACCUGUUUUGUUUGUGUACGACUCGGUGAGUGACACCUGGAAGUCAACGGAGGUUCAAGAAAAAGGGAACGAUGAGGUUUUGCCACGUGGCGGGGUGCACGUGUUUCUUAGUGUGGUUCAUGGACCCAGAGAGAGCGUUUUGGUUGCUUCAACCCCCGAUUGUGACACGCCUGUCGUUCUACGGCCACGAUUCAAUGACGCGGAAGGAUUAACCGUUGGAUUUAACUGGGGGAACGUAAUUGAUAGGUUACAUGUCUACGGCGAUGGAUACAUGAUGAUAGUGAAAUCAGAAGGGGAAAAUGGGAAUAGAAAAGUGAGGGUGUUGAAAGGUGUGGAAUUGUGGGGAGUGAGUUUGGAUGGAAGGAAAUGGGAGUUCGUUUCAGCGGUACCUGGGGAAGUGAUGGGAGUGAUUGAGAAGCCUUAUGGAGUAAUGAUGGGUUGUUUAGAGGAGAAAAAUGGAAUUAUAAGGGUAGCUUUAGUGUCUAAUUGUGAUGGUUUUUGGGACAUAUUGUGGCUUUCUUUUGAUACCAAAUGGAAACGUUGGAACUGGAUGCCGCUACCUGAUUGCAAAAUGAAAGGCUGGAACAUGGCUGGAAUAAGCUUCUCCUCCGGACUUACUUUGCAAUGAUCCAACACUCUCCUGUGCCUGCUGCUAUUCUAUUUCUACACUAUUGUCUGGUCUUGUUUAGAGUAUUAGAUAAGUGAAAAUAAUCACAAGAUAAUAUGUAAAUAUAAUCGUAAUAAUAGUGUUGUUAUAUAAGUGAGCAUAUGUAGCGGCUUAUAUCAGGAUGGAUCGCUAUUAAUAAAUGUAUAAUAAGAGCCAAUGCCACACACAUUUAUUAUUUA